AUGAACCGGAAGAUACUGAAGUUGGAGAACUUGCUACGGUUUCACACUAUUUGUAGGCAGCUGCACAGCCUGUGUCAAAGAAGAAUGUUGGCACAGUGGAGGCAUGUGUUUUCAUCUGCUUAUGCGGUGCAGACGGCUCAGCUGUACACCCGGCCCUGGCAAACAGAUGCACUCAUCAGGGCUGCAUUAUUUCAACGUAGGCUUCUGGUGACAAAGAAGGAAAAAAGAUCACAGAAAUCUCCAUUACCUUCAACAAAAUCUAAAAAGGAGGUGGAGGUAUGGCUUGGAAUGACUGUUGAGGAAUUGGCCAGAGCAAUGGAAAAAGACAUAGACUGUGUAUAUGAAUCUUUAAUGAACACUGCUGUUGACAUAGAUUCACUAGAAACACACUCACGUUUAGAUGAAGUCUGGAUCAAAGAAGUGAUAAAGAAGUCAGGAAUGAAGUUAAAAUGGAGCAAAUUAAAACAAGACAAAGUCAGAGAAAAUAAAGAUGCUGUCAAAAGGCCCCAGGCCGAUCCAGCUUUAUUAAUACCAAGGUCCCCAGUUGUUACUAUAAUGGGCCAUGUUGAUCAUGGGAAAACGACGUUACUUGACAAACUGCGAAAAACUCAAGUGGCGGCAAUGGAAGCUGGAGGCAUCACUCAGCACAUUGGUGCCUUUCUUGUCUCUUUGCCCUCUGGGGAAAAGAUAACCUUUCUUGAUACUCCAGGACAUGCUGCUUUCUCAGCAAUGCGAGCCAGAGGUGCUCAGGUCACUGACAUUGUUAUAUUGGUGGUAGCUGCAGAUGAUGGAGUGAUGAAACAAACCGUAGAAUCCAUUCAGCAUGCCAGAGAUGCUCACGUUCCUAUUGUCCUUGCCAUAAACAAAUGUGACAAAGCUGAGGCGGACCCUGAGAAAGUGAAGAAAGAACUGCUAGCGUACGAUGUGGUGUGUGAGGAUUAUGGAGGUGACGUUCAAGCAGUGCACGUCUCUGCACUCACGGGCGAAAACAUGAUGGCUUUGGCAGAGGCAACUAUUGCUCUUGCAGAAAUGUUGGAAUUGAAAGCAGACCCUACUGGUGCAGUUGAAGGAACAGUAAUAGAAUCUUUCACAGACAAAGGAAGAGGUCCUGUUACUACAGCUAUAAUUCAAAGAGGAACUUUGAGAAAAGGCUCCAUUCUGGUUGCUGGAAAGAGUUGGGCAAAAGUACGCUUAAUGUUUGAUGAAAAUGGCAGAGCAGUCAGUGAAGCCUGUCCUAGCAUGCCAGUGGGAAUCGUAGGCUGGAGAGACCUCCCUUCUGCAGGAGAUGAAAUUCUUGAAGUAGAAUCUGAGCCAAGGGCACGUGAAGUUGUUGACUGGAGAAAGUAUGAGCAAGAACAGGAGAAAAAUAAAGAGGAUUUAAAAUUAAUAGAAGAAAAGCGAAAGGAACACCAAGAAGCACAUCGGAAAGACCGCGAGAAGUAUGGCACUUUGCACUGGAAGGAGAGAUCAUAUAUAAAGUACAAAGAAAAAAGAGAGCAGCAACCCUUAAAGCUGAAAGAAAAACUAGAAAGAGAUUCAAAUGUACUUCCUAUAAUUGUUAAAGGUGAUGUUGAUGGUUCUGUUGAAGCCAUUUUGAACAUUAUGGAUACCUAUGAUGCUUCACAUGAGUGUGAACUAGAAUUGGUACAUUUUGGUGUGGGUGAUAUUAGUGAAAAUGAUGUCAAACUUGCUGAAACAUUUCAUGGUGUUAUAUACGGCUUCAAUGUGAAUGCAGGCAAUGUUAUCCAGCAGUUGGCUGCAAAAAAAGGAGUAAAAAUUAAACUUCAUCAAGUCAUUUACCAUCUUAUUGAAGAUUUGCAGGAAGACCUGAACAGCAGAUUGCCCUGCAUUGUGGAAGAGCACCCAAUAGGUGAGGCUUCUAUACUAGCUACCUUCUCUAUAACAGAAGGGAAGAAAAAAGUUCCUGUGGCUGGCUGCAGAGUCCAAAAGGGACAGAUAGAAAAGCAAAAAAAAUUUAAGUUAAUCCGCAAUGGACAUGUUAUUUGGAAGGGCUCGUUACUUUCACUGAAACACCAUAAAGAUGAUACUUCAGUUGUCAAAACUGGAAUGGAUUGUGGUCUUAGUUUGGAUGAAGAAACGAUAGAAUUUAAAGUGGGAGAUGCUAUUGUUUGUUAUGAAGAAAAAGAAGUUCCAGCCAAGACUUCUUGGGACCCAGGAUUUUAAAAUUAUUUAAAAAUAUAUAAAUGAUUAAAUGUUUUUGUCUUAUUAUAGAGCAACUAGUUUUUACUGAAGGUAUAGUUCAUCACUCACUACUGGUCAAAAAGCUCUACCAAGCUUUAACUGAUGUUUACCUGUUAAAAUAGGAAAUCUUA